AAACGCAAAGCCGACAUUACUCUUACUUGGCUGAGAGGCAGAAAACGAUGAAAUUUCUUGAAACUACCAUGAUACUGUUGAUUUUUAUUCUAGCAGAGACACGAUGUGAUUCCCGUGGUGGGACGAAGGGACAAUGGCCCCAGGAACCAAGCCCGAGCUCUGAGGAUCUGCUGCUCCCGGUCACAAACGACUUCGUAAACCUGGAUAAGAUCGAACAUUUAAGAAAUGCCAGCCGAGUAACACUGCCAGGACCCUGCUCACAUCUGGAAGCGUUUUCUGGAUUCAUCCCAGUAGACGGCGACAAUUCUACGUUCUUGUUCUUCUUACACAUCAAGGCAGAGAACAGCUCUCGUGAGAAGCCCCUUCUAUUGUGGCUACAAGGUGGUGUCGGGGAGUCGUCCCUUUACGGCCAGUUCCUCGAAAACGGUCCCCUCGGCAUCGACGCUUCCGGGAAGUUGUACCGCAGGAGGCACAGUCUGCUGAAUGACUUCAACAUCAUCUAUCUGGAUCAACCGGCUGGCGCAGGCUACAGCUUUGAUACGAAAGGCAAUUAUCCAGCGACGCUCCAGCAGGCUACCACGCAUGGCAUCAGGUUUCUCAGGCGUUUCUGGAGAAUUUUCGAGAGUACCGGGACCGAGACUUCUUCAUCGCGGGGAGAAUCCUAUGGAGCAAGGUCAGCUAUAGGACUGGCGCAGAGAGUGCUGACCCGAAAAGUAAAAGAUCAGUUUCCACUACACCUGAAGGGAGUGAUGCUCGGCGUCGGCUUUGUCUUCCCGCUAGUAGACAUGAUCAACUCGGCCAAAUACCUGUACUGCUCUAGCCUAUUAGACGAACAAGGCCGCGACAGCUUCGAUAUGCAAGUCAAAAAGAUUAAGUACAUGGUCAUGGUACGAAACUUUACCGCAGCUGCAGAAAUGCUGAGGCAAACGGUGUUCGACAUGCACCCAGCCGGCAAGAAAAGCUGGUUCGAGUUACUCACUGGCUUCGAGAACCACGGAAGCAUCGCCAAAGCAGCAAUACCAACGGAAGUUCACAAAUACCGGGAAUACGCUAACAGCGGAGAGUUCAAAAAGUGCCUUCACGUUGCCCCUUCCAGAAGCCUCGACGCGACCAGGACUGAGCUUGCAAUGAAGUUAUCCGAGGGAGAAUUCUUCGCUAAGAGGACAUCGACCUUGGUUCACGUACUCAACAACGUUCGCGUACUUUUUUACACGGCACAGCUUGACUCUGUUUUCCCGGCGAGUAAAAUGGAACGCUUGUUCGGCAAGUUGCACUGGAGAGGCUCGGCGUUGUUCAGGCAAGCCGCUAGGAAGGCCUGGUACCAAACUACUCCCCGCAAUGCCCGUAAGGUGCUUCUGGGAUACGAGAAAGUGGCGGGCACGGUUAUGUACAACACGGUACUCUUCGCUGGCCACCAGGUAUCGUUCGAUCAAUCGGCAGCUGUAAGCGACCUGUACGCCCGGUUCCUGAAGUUUACAUUCAGGCCACCUCCCAGAAAAUGCGAGGAAAGCACGAAUCCUUGCUGAUUUGGCACCGUUUGAUGUUGUCUGUGCGCCUCUACGAAUUGCGCUGAGGGCUGUUUUUGACAUUUGUUGUGUUGCAACGAGCUGCUUAGACGCACAAUAAACAACUUUCGU